GCCAUUUUGUUUGACAUUUGUUUAGCUUUGUCUUAAAAUUUGUGAAUUAUCUGCAAAUAAACGCAAUUAUUUAUAAAUUUCUGUGAACAAAAAGUUUUCUUCAAAUAUUUUACGUUUAACUUUUAACACAACAUAUUAAAUCUUUUAGAUUAUGGGUGGAAAAUCGAUGGGACUACUGUACCGCUUUUUUAUUUCUGCGAUGCUAAUUCUUCAUUUGUUUUAUUAAUAAAGUGUUAAAAAUUAAGAUAAACAUUUGCAAAAAUGACUAAUGAGUGUCCUGAAUAGGCUCUAAUAGUGUUUUAAAUUCGAAAUGUUGAUAAAAGCUGUAAAUCAAAAAGGCGCGAAGUGUAGCUUGGGUUGUUAAAAUUGCAAGUAAAUUGUGUUACAGAAAUAAACUCGCAAAUGUUACAAUGAAACAAAGAUAUUUAUACUGCGAGUGGUGCUUACCGGCAAUUUUUGUGUGUGAUUAGUUAUUAAUGCAAGACUUAUGUGUAUUUACUACAAAUAAAAACUUUCUAUUUGUCAAUUGAGUUCAUGUUAAGUUUUCUUCUGAACUUGCGAUGCGGUUAAGAAGUAGAAAAAGGGAGCGACAGCUCUCGGGCAAUAGAAGUUCACAAAAAAUUACAAAAUUUAAAAAGAAACCUAUCAAGCCAUUGCCAAAACCUGCAUUGGCUUGGACCAAAAUUGUAAAGCAAGAAACUGCCAAUAAUGGCAUAUCGACAAACAACAAACAGUUUUGUGUUACUAGGUCUCAAAAUAUAAAAACCAGACCAGUAAGAACUAGACAAGUUAGAAGCAUGGAGAAGCCAGUUGACACCACGCACAAAGGUAAAAUUAAAUACAAAGAUAGCACAAAGAAACCAAUCUUUCAAACUGUUGUACGGAGUACUACUAAAGAAUUGGUCAGCUCCUCCACUACUUUUAAAAAUCUUAAAACAACCCAGAAUGAUAAAAUCACUACAAUAAGCAAAACUAAAGAUGUCCGCACAACUAAAAGUGCACAGUUACGACACAGCUCAUUGAACCGUGAACUAAAAAAGACUGAGGUUACCACAGCUAUAAAUUCUCCAAGGAAAACUAGGCGAAUGGACAAACCUGAUAAGUCUGCAUCGUUGAAUAGUUCUCCAAUCAGGAAAGUUCGUCAAAUGGGGGUUCCAUCACCAAAAUCAACUAAAGUCAGUUCAACUAAUGAAAGUCCUAAGAAAAAAGGAAAGGGCAGAGCCCCAGUUUUUCCUGAAAAUGGUAAUUGGAAUGAAGAUAAUGAUAUUACUAUGUAUGAACCUCACACAACAUCAUUUGUAGAUUUCCCAUCACCCAAGUCAGAUGAAUCAGAUUCUGAUGGUCAUGUUGAAUCUUCAGAGCUAUGUCUUCCAAAUGAUUGCUUGAAUGAUUUUAUUGCUAUUGCCGAAUGUGCUAGUCUUAUGAAUGAUAACUUAGAAACCGAAGAUGAAGUCAACUUCUUAGCUGACAAAGCAGCAAGGGUCAUGACUACAGAAAGAGAUGAAACAAAGAAAACUUUGAGAACGAAUUCUGUUGAAAAACGUCUCACCAAAAGGAGAAAAUCUAGCAAUGAUUUGGAGAUGUACCAACCAACAUCAACUACAGACGAUCUGGAUACCUGUACCAACUUUUUAAGCAACGGGGAUAAAUAUGUACAGCCGGAUUUUGUCACUAUGCUAGAACAAGAGGGUUAUGUUCGUGAUUCAGAAUGCGAAAUAUCAUCUACAUGUGACACACAAGGAACAGCUAUAGAGAGUUUAGAGGCACUCUCUGCUCGUAGUCCUAGUUCCGGGUUCUUGGCUGAAAUUAGUCAGAGUUUGGCUGCUGAAGCUGCUGGAUGGACUGCCUCUGAUAUAGCAGCAGACGAAGCUUCACUAACAUGUCAUGAUGAACAAUCGCCUUCAGAUAUUGAGUUACAGGAGGAGGCAGGUGAUGUAAUAUCGUCUUGUAGCAACCGUGUCGACUGUGAACAGAUAUCCUCGUGGGUGGAUGCAUUUGAUCCUUACUUGUUCAUCAAGCAGUUACCGCCUCUCGAAACAGUAGCGACAGGUGCAUUGAGAGCACGGUAUCCCGCUCUACCAUUGAAAACUAGAACCAGCCCCGACUUUAGCUUGGUACUAGAUUUGGAUGAAACCCUGGUGCACUGUUCUCUCCAAGAGUUACCAGAUGCCAGUUUCCACUUCCCUGUAUUGUUCCAAGACUGUCGUUACACUGUUUUUGUCCGCACUCGGCCUCACUUUGCCGAGUUCUUAUCCCGGGUGUCUCGUUUAUACGAAGUCAUACUAUUCACUGCCAGCAAACGAGUGUACGCAGACAGACUACUCAAUUUAUUAGAUCCAGCGAGGAGGUGGAUCAAAUACAGAUUAUUCCGAGAGCAUUGCCUGCUGGUGAACGGUAAUUACGUCAAAGAUUUGUCCAUACUUGGUCGCGAUUUGAGGAAGACUGUCAUUGUGGAUAACAGCCCACAGGCAUUUGGAUACCAAUUGGAAAACGGUAUACCCAUAGACAGUUGGUUUGUGGAUCGCAGCGACAAUGAGCUACUCAAGUUGCUGCCAUUCCUAGAACAUUUAGCUACUGUAAGUAAACUACUAAUCUACUACUUAAAGCCAUUAAAACUACCAUUUAAACUACAGUAGGUACUUGUUAGGCAGUGUUGGGCAAAAUUUUAUUGUAAUUGACAAUAAGGAAUGUGCAUCUGAUUAAAAAAAUAAUUAAAUAUACUUUAUUACGAUCAUUAUUGUUAUAGGAUAAAGUCUAUGUUAAUAUUUUUUAACAUAAAUUCGUUUUCGUCUUAAAAAUAAUUAUAAAAAAGUGUAUAAAAAUGCGGUAACUUCAAAAUAUCGUAUCGCCAUGCUACUUGUCAGAGCGGAUGUGACGAAAAUGUACAUGUUUGUACAAAAAGUUGACAUCGAUGCAAUAACAUCAAUAUUAUGUCGCAAUAUAAACACCAGAUUACAAUUUAAAUGAUGUUGUGGGCUUAAUUUUAUUUCAUCAAAUUGGUAAACUAUCGUAUAUGAUUUAUUAAAAAAGUCUUUUAUACUUUAAAAAAUCGAUUAGUUAUUAGUCGAUUUGAGUAAUUGAAUAAUAAUCAAUCACUCAAAAUCCUAAUAUAAUCAAUCGGUCAUAUCUCUAGUCGUGUUGUAUUUGUACUUUGACGUCACAACAAGAGCGCCAAAUAUUCCGGGUUUAAACUGCUCGUAGCUAUUACUUAUUUUCAUCAAUUAUUAAUGUUACAAAAUUUUAGUUUUUCGGUGCCGGAUAUUUUUUUACAGUUAUAUAUCAAUGUAAAUUAUCAUAUAAAAACAUUUUCCAAAAAUAUGCAUAUUCCCUAUUGAUUAACUGUCAAUUGCAAAAUAAAAAUUAACUAUUUAUUAUUUUGCUGUAACAAUUAAUAAUUGAUUAACUAUGACAUUUCAAGUAACAAUUAAUUAGUUCUUAAUUUUUAGUUUCAAUUAAAAAUUAAUCUAUUGUAAAUUGUUCAUUAUUCUUGUUUUUAAAUUUUAAUCAAGUUAAAACAUUGUAAAAGAACUGAUAUAAGAUGGAGUGGUGGCACAAGGCAAACUUCCGUAGGGUAAACUUAUGAUCUGGCAAAGUCAUCAACCUUUGGUUUCAAGACUUGCAUGAAUCGCACGCCCUUAUAAAAUGUAUGACGAAUCGCAAGUGUCACAAAUUUCCUCGACGUUGAAUUACAUGUACGUACUCAUGUUCUGAGAUAACGCUUCAAAUGAAUGAGGUCGGUCGAACGCUCGAUCUGCUUUAGAUUUUCUGUUCAGUAAAAUCGAGGAGCGAUUCAGUUGCGCAAUCUUACCAUGACAUUAAAAUAUAUUCAAUUUGACAAAAUAUAUGUCAAUAUCCUCCUAUAUAAAUAAGUAAAAAGCUCUAUGGUGUAGUGUUUAAGCGCGUUUGAGAUGACCGCAAGGGCCGGUAAUCGGAUGGAUGGUAAAAUUUUUUGGCGGAGCGAUUUAGGAUAACUACGCGUAUUCGAAUACUGGAUAUUAUAAGAUUGCUUUCAUCCAUUAAUUAAACCAUCAUUUAGUACCACCAACCCUCAUUGGGACCUACUUGCGAGCCCAGUUGGGAAUGCUGGGUGGAUUAGCUCGAUGCUGAAGUAGUUCGCGAAUUUGAUCUGCGAUGGCGCAUGUUAAAUGACGUUGCAAAGACUGGCAAUCGGAUGGGUGGUUUAUACGAUACUGAACAAAUCAUAGAAAAAAAAGCCAUAAAGACAGAAAGAACCAC